AUGCUUCGCAUGUGGUCACUAUGGGCGUUUCUAUCGCUUCUGCAAAUUGCAGUGGGUACAUCACAUGUUAAUUUUGUUCCUGCCUCGGACAGCAUUGUUCCUGUUUCAUGUCCUCCUACUAAUGGCUGUCCAAAUCUCGAUUUUACUUGGCACGCCUCCAACACUGGUACAAUGGUUUACAAUAUCGAGGUUACUUCCGUUGCAUGGGAAAAGGACAACAUAUAUGAUAUCACCAUUCACGUGACCGGUCAAGAAAGUAUUCCUAUCGAAGAUCUAUGGUCUUUAAAAAUUAUCGGAGUAAGCAGUCCUGACGGAUCAACCUUCCAACUAUAUGGACACAAUGAAAACACUUAUUUGAUCGAUGAUCCAACAGACUACUAUGCUACUUUCAGAAUCUACGGUGUCGCGGAUACGAAGGACUGUUCUAAAGUGUGGAUGCCUAACUUCCAAAUUCAAUAUGAAUAUCUCCAGGGCUCAACCGCAUCGAAUUCCGGAAACUGGCAUUACGGUGCUACUGCUUUUGAUUUAAUCACUGGCUGUAAUAACUACGAUAACCAAGGUCACUCUCAAACUGACUCACCAGGCUUUUAUUGGAAUUUGCAGUGUGCUAGCUCUUCGGUCGUUUCUGGAUGUUCUGUUUCAUCGUUUGCUCUAACCAGUAGCACCUCUUCUGCUACUAGCAGUACUUCUGCUUCAUCUACCACAAGCAGCACUUCUUCCGCUCCUUCUAGCACCACCACUGAAUCCACUGAAUCAGUUUCAUCCACUACUACCAGUAGUUCAUCUGCUCCAUGUACUACUAGCAGCACCUCUUCUACUCCUUCUAGCACCACCACUGAAUCUACUGAAUCGGCUUCAUCCACUACUAGUAGCACCUCUUCCGCUCCUUCUAGCACUAAAACCAAGUGUACUAAAACGGUUUCAUCCACUACUAGCACUUCCUCUGCUUCUAGCACUAAAACCAAGUGUACUAAAACGGUUUCAUCCACUACUAUCACUUCCUCUGCUCAUUCUAGCACCAAAACCAAAUGUACUAAAUCGGUUUCAUCUACUACUAGCAGCACUUCUUCCGCUCCUUCUAGCACCACCACUGAAUCCACUGAAUCAGUUUCAUCCACUACUGCCAGUAGUUCAUCUGCUCCAUGUACUACUAGCAGCACCUCUUCUACUCCUUCUAGCACCACCACUGAAUCCACUGAAUCAGUUUCAUCCACUACUGCCAGUAGUUCAACUACUCCAUGUACUACUAGCAGCACCUCUUCUACUCCUUCUAGCACCACCACUGAAUCCACUGAAUCCGUUUCAUCUACUACUAGUAGUACUUCAGCUUCUUCUACAACUAAGUGUACUAAGUCCAAGUCAAGAUCGUCAUCUUUUACUUCCUCGAUCAUCCCAUCUUCGAGUACUGAGUUCUCAACAACAUCUACCGUUUCCACUAGUGAGACAAAGUAUUUGAAUUCUACCACUUCGAGCACAAUUGUGACAAGCAGCAGCACUGUAUCAACUACACCACUAUCCUCUUCCACUUCAAUUUCUUCAACAUCAAGUGAAUCGUCUUCUGAAUCGUUGUCUACUGUCUCUUCUACCACAACCCCUAUUAGUUCGAGCUCGUCUACCACCAUCUUAAGCUCAACUACACCAGCCACCUCGAGCACUACUUCGUCCUCUUCUACUCUAUCAACAUCAACUACGCCUGCUCCUUUCAACGGGUCUACCACCACCUCUUCAGAGAUUCCAUCGACGACUUCGAGCUCUAGCAGUAUUUCAAUUAGCUCUUUUACCACGCUUUUGCCAGGAACGACCACUUCUGUUUUCAACUCAUCAACAACAUUGAGCUCGACUACACCAGCUACAUCCAGCUCUACCUCGUCCUCCGUUGUUUCGACGUCGUCAACUACUGAAAGCGUUAGCUCUUCGACCGUUUCAAGCUCGACCACACCAGCUACGACUAGCGCUACUUCCUCCACUUCUAUUCUUUCAACCUCCACAACACCUGUGCCUUUCAACUCUUCAACCACGACUUUGAGUUCGACUACACCAGUUACAACCAGCUCUAUUUCGUCCUCCGUUGUUUCGACGUCGUCAACUACUGAAAGCGUUAGCUCUUCGACCGCUUCAAGCUCGACCACACCAGCUACGACUAGCGCUACUUCCUCCACUUCUACUCCUGGCUUUUUUAACUCAACUACUUUGAGUUCGACUACGGCGGCUACGACAAGCUCAAGCUCAUUUGCUGUUUCAUCAACUUCGGCCAGCACUGUUAGCUCCAGCUCUUUGAGCAUCUCAAGCUCUACCAUUCCAGUCACGUCGAGUACUAUCUUGUCCUCUUCCACUUUGUCAACACCUACCACACCCGCUUCUUCUAGCGGAUCCACCCCUACCUUGUCUUCUACUUUGACAACACCUACCACACCAGCUUCUUCUAGCGGGUCCACCACUACCUCUUCUGAGUUUGGAUCAACAUCGAGCUCUAGCGUUUCAUCGAGCUCUUUUACAACACUUUCGUCAACGACCACAUCCGUUUUGAACUCCACUAGUUCAACACCAUACGAGACCUCAAGUGAAACCACUUCAUCAACUGUGUCAACCGUUGUUUCAACCACAUCUGAAAGCUCUUUCGAAACUGGUAAGACAACAUCCGGCACGGAAUUUCCAACGACAGAAUCCAAGUCAACAAGCACCGCACCUAAGGAAAUUACGUCGACUUUGACUUCUCAAAGUGCCAGUUCUUUCUCCACUUCGCUUGCUAGUAGUGAGACUUUGGUGACGACUACGGUAUCUGGUACUGUGACAACUUACACUACUACUUGUCCUCUCAGUGAAAACUCUAAGUCUGCCACCUCAACGACGAACACGGGAUCCCAAUCUGAAAGUGUUGUUUCUACCAACUCUGGUAAACUUUCAACGGUCACUGUGUCAUCUUCCGCCGAGGCUUCCUCUUCAGCUCCAGUUUCUACUACCUUUACUGGUGUGACCGAAACUGUAGUUACUGUCACCGUUUCUGGAGAAAUUACUUCUUAUACUACCACUUGUCCUUUAAGCGAACUCUCCACUGCGGAGACCACUGGACCUGUGUCGACUGAAUCUAUUGUGACGACUACAUUAUCUGGCCAUGUUACAGUCUACACCACCACCUGCACUAACGGAUGUGUGCCAUCGAUUGAAACAUCUUCUGUAAGCUCUAGCAGCGAGACUGUUGAGUCUCCUAGCACCCCUUACACUUCUGCCACAGAAGGACCUUCUCCUGUUGGUACUACAAUCAUUUCAUCGUUGACAACCGCUCCUUCUAACCAAGGUACCACGGUGACUUCAUCAACGCAGGAAACUUUGAUUCCAGCUUCAAGCAUAACUUCUACUCCAGUUGUGGGAACACAAACUUCUGGCAGCUCAACUUCUUCGCUAGUGUCAGUAUCAGCCUACGAAGGUGCUGCUAACAAGAUCAAAGCAGGAAUUCUUUUCUUACUCCCACUCGCAUUAUUAUAG